ACAUCGCAAUUAGGUCGGCAUAAAAAAAAGAUUGUAUUUCUUCGUAGGUUGGUAAUUUUGCAAAGCUCAGCAUGUUGUUCAGGUUAAUCUAUAGUAUCAGCAUAAUUAAAUAAGACUUGAAUCAGUUCGCGUUCCAGUGUUUUAUCAUCAAAAUGGACAAAUUUGUGUGCAGGACGUGUCUCUAUGUAAGCCAAAAUAUAACAUUUUUCAGAACUGUGGAGAAAGUGAAGAAUAUUUUGGAGUUACUCGUACCUGAAAUAAAACCUAACAUUACCAAAGAUUCGAUAAUUUGCACGCAGUGCUACUAUUUUCUGAAGAACAUCGAAAACUUCAAACAAAAAUGCAUUGAUAAUCAAAAAAUGCUAAUAAACCACAACGUUUUCCUACACCCAACUGCGCACUACUUUCCGAUGCAGAGAAAUCAUCAGUCUCAAUAUGCAUUGCCAGUUCAAACUUUUUACGACGGGAGACAUGAGGAAGUACGGGAAAGGGAGGCAAAUUACUCACAAAAUAUGGUCAUACCAGAAAAUGAGUCUAUGUCUGACCCAAAUGUUGUUAAUCUUUCCUCUAUCGCAGCAGACACCGUGUCAACUCAGCAAAGACAAGAAUUGAAACAAAAACCUGACUUGAUGGGAAUCAGACCUACUACGCCUAAACAGAUACAAAGGAUCUCUGUCAUAAAAAGCUCCAAAUAUGUGGAGGAUAAAAAAAAGUUGGAUAAAUGCUUGAGUACCAAUAAGAUGGCCAAACUUUCAAAACACGCAAAUUCCGAUGCGAAUAUUAUCGAAAUAAGUGACGAGGAAGUUGAAAUGAAUGAUCAAUCGAGGUUGUACUAUAGUGACUAUUCAGAGGGGCAAAGUAUGGAGGAGGAUGAUGUCUUUGAAGAGAAACCUACGAUUACUAUAGUGAAAAAUGAACCAGAUGCUGAAGAAAACCCAAGCUUUUUCAACAAAAAAACCGAUGAAGGCUUCUACGACUGCAAACUGUGCGAUAGCAAAUACAUAAACUCCGAGGGCCUCUACGCACAUACAUUGGCCGAACACAAUGAGCUCAAGUUCUUCCACUGCGACCUGUGCAACUUCUUCUCCCUGUGGAAAUCUGCUCUGAGCAGACACGAGUCCCUUUUCCAUGCUGCCGAAGAUACCAGGUUCGAGAGCAAAACCUCAUCUCUACCCGAAGACUUGUUCUUGUUCUGCUACCACUGUGCCUACAAGACCAAAACGAAGGAAAACCUCGUCAAACACAUUCGAGUCCAUUUCAACAACCAAACAACCACCUACACUUGCUGCAAGUGCUUCAAAAACUUCCAUAGGAAGGAUAAGUAUGAUUUGCACGUUGAGGGGCACGAGAAAGGAAAGAUUAAUAUUCUCAGAAUACAAGGUGUUUUAAACCGCAUGGAAAAUAUUUCAGGGAUCGAUAUAGGAGGAAAGUAUAAGUCCUCUGGAAUGAAAAAUAUGGAGAGAAUAGCGGUAAAUUUGAAUUCACUAAACCCCAUUGCUACCCCAGAUGAGCGUUAA